CGCCUGGAAGCCGUAGUCAGGAACAGGGCAGAUAAGCUGGUUUAGAGCGGCGGAUCGAGCGAGUCAGAAAAUCCAAAACAAACGACGUCUUCAUGUUAAAGCCUAGACGAAAAACAGCACGUUGUUAUAAGAAAUAGAUGCGAAAACGGGCGUAGUGUGCCAUCACAUAUUGGAAUACAGCUGAAUAAGAGUCUUCGCUGAGGCCACAGACAAGAACUUUUACUGGCAGAGGAAAAGGUCAAGAGGGAAGACAGUACAAAGGACUCUCACGAUUGGAUUGAUUAAGGCUGUGUAAUGUUAGGCUUUACAUUUGAGAGAGACGUAGUUUUACAUAUUAGCACUGGACACGACCGAAGCUGGGCAUAUGCUAUGUUUAAACUUGCAUUUUGACUUAGAAAAAGGACCAAACUGUUAAACAGCCAGCAUUUUUUUUUUUCCUGUAUUCAUGAGAAGCUUUUGUUCUCAGUUAACAAAUUAGUUUCAUGUCAUACUUUGUGUAUCGACUGUAUGUUUAAAACAUUUUUGUAAAAACUGGUGGGAUGACUUAGUCCCAUAAUACUGACUGGUGUUUUUGCUGAUUUGCAGUAACUGUCUAGCAGUUGCCAUGUUGUCCUAAUUUUAGGGAUGCAAAUUAAAUCACAGAUAUGCUAAGGCCUGAAUUUACAAAAACACAACUGAACAGUUGCAAGAUAUUUAGCAUGUUUCCGUAAAAAAAAAAAAAAUUGCCAUUCACCAAAAUUGUCAAUACCUUGAUUGUAAAAUACAAUGCUAUCUUGUAAAAAUUAGUCACUUUAGGUGUUAUGUGACUAUGUAACUAGGUCCCUUUUUUCAGACAUUCACAGCUUACCUGCUAUUUUAAUGAGGUGAGCAAUACUUUCCGGCGCUUUCUAUAAGCCUGUUCUUUGGUCAGUUUUUUUUCUGUGCAUGUUUGUGGGCAAAGAGUAAAAUGACUUGGUGAGGAAGUAACAGAGAGUCUGCUGGCACAUCGUGCUGCUUCUGAACCUCAGCAGAAGAGCCAGGUGCCUCUUCUCUAGAGUGGUGUCUGUUCUUUGCGCCAUCAGAGACUUUCAGCUGCAUCUGAACAUUGCCAGAACAUUGUCAGUGCAUUGAACUGUGCUUGUUGUAGAACAGCUGGUUUGUUGUAGAACAACAACUCAGCUCCUACUAGGACAUGUACAAGGAACCUUCUUAAAGCACAUCUUGCCCACUCCUCACCCUUGCUGUUCUUGGCCAAAUCUGUUCUACGUGCCUCUUGAGGAGCUCCAAACCUUUUGUGACGACAAACCCAACCACUUACCAACCCCUUCACCCAAAACUCAACCUGGAAGAACCUAGCUGGCUUCUUACAGGGACUGCGCUGUCCUGUACCUUCUGGGUGCUUGAGGGACAGAGCUCAGCCAGACCAUACCAGCACGCACAGACAAGCAUUGGGCCCAAAGUGCCAUCUGUGAGGGAGGCCACAGGAGUCGCUGGACUUCAGAGCUCACAACUCUGGAUUCUGGCCAUGAGGUUUGAUGCCUCGAUCCACUGACUGGAGACACUGGACCUAAAUGGCGCAGCAUGACUUUGUCCCUGCCUGGCUUAACUUCUCAACGCCUCAGCCUGCCAAGUCCCCUGCAGCCAACUUUGAGAGGCCAGCAGAGCACCUUGCUCGCGGUGAUGGCCGGCCCUCCGUGAACAGGCGUCGCCACAACUCAUCCGAUGGCUUCUUCAACAAUGGGCCCCUUCGAGCUCCUGCAGGUGAUGGUUGGCAGCAGCCAUCGCUCCUGCGACAUGACUCGGUGGACUCAGCCGUGUCCAAGGGUAGUCACGGAGGGCUGGCAGGAGGAUCCGGGUGGAAGGAGCCCUCAGGCUGGCACGCGGCAGCACGGGGAGGUGAGCCCCCUCCACAUCACCACCACAACACAGGCCGGCAUCAGAAGCGCGGAGGGGACCGUGAUCGGGAGCGGCAGGGUGGGCACCGACAGCGCAAUUGCAUCUUCCACCCCCGCAAGGGGGGCCCCUUUCAGGACAAGUUCUCCACUGAAGACCGCAGGGAUGGCAAGGAGGAAAGGCUGAAGUUUGUGGAGGAAGACUUUCCCUCCCUUAACCCGGAAGCAACUGGAAAACCGGUAAACCAGACCCGUGCGGUGGCGACCCCUGCUGGUGUGUGGGAGAAUCCCCCAAGUGCCAAGCAGGUUGUGUCCAAGAUGCUUGUCAUUAAGAAGGUUUCCAAGGAAGACCCCUGUGCCGCUUUCUCGGCAGGCUUUGCCAGCACUGGGCCUCUCCCUGCCAGCAGCAACAAAGUUCCCAUCUCUGGACCCAGUGUUUACAAAAAUCUGGUACCCAAGUCAGCUGCAGCCACCACUAAGACAGGUCCUUGGAAGUCCAAUGGUAGGGAACCAAAGCCAACUCUACACUUCUCUGGCCGGGACUCUGCCUUUGUCAGCCCAGUCUCUGUGACCAAACCCCAGACCCCUGUGAGUGCCCCACCCCAGGUGGCCCCCAAGGAGCUUCCCUCUAGCACCACUCCACCUAUUGACAUCACACCACCACGACUGAAGCUGAUGCGUCGUGGCCCUGAUCGCAAGAGUGACUUCCUGCGGGCAUUAAAGGAUGAGGGCAAUGGGGAGUUGAGCACAUGUGGCAGCCCUGGGACCCCAGGAGAGGCUGAGAAUACCCCGGAGUCCAGGGAGUAUGGUGAAACUGUGUGCCACGAGAAUGGUGUGUCUCACUCUCCCAGUGACUCGGACACCGAACACCAGCUCCUGUCCAGCUCACUGGAGGCUGAGCACAGGCUCCUGAAGGCAAUGGGAUGGCAGGAAUACCCAGAGAAUGAUGACAACUUCCUGCCCCUAACUGAAGAUGAACUAAAAGAAUUUCAAACUAAAACAGAGCAGCUGAAGAAAAAUGGCUUUGGGAGGAAUGGUGUGCUGUUUAAGACGCGGGGCGUGACCCUUCAGUUCACGCCUUGGAGAAACACUGUGGACGUGUGUGCGGACGAGGGCUCUGAGACCAGCAGCAGCCAGACCUCUGAUGACGAUGAUACCUAAUGUGGCUUUAAAAGAUCUCUUGCCGUUUUUAGAUUUUUUUUUUGUUUUUUUUUUUUUUUUUUUUUUUCUUGCACAAGGGAAACCAAUCAUAUCCCAGUGAAGGAGGAAAUUCUGGCUUGUAGCCUUUUUAAAAAAAAUUUUUUUUAAUUUUUUUUUUUUUUUUUUAAUUUUUUUUUUUUUUUAAAACUCCCUCCCCCCCUGUCCUCUGUGGUCUCAUUUUCCUGCUUCGUGGAACUGUGUUCAGCAAAAGAAGGGCAAUGCACAUAAGAUUUUGCUUUAAAAAAGAGACUAACUUAUAACAGUGACAAUGAUAUUAACAAUAAAAAAUUGAGUUCUUGAAAAUCUGAAAUGUCUCAGAACAAAAACUGGCUCGGACAUGUCUGUUCACAAAACAAUUCCUAGCGGUAGCAAUGAGAGGAAACAAUCACGAAUUACGCACAUCGCUUUCGCUCCUGGUCCCUUGUGAAAAACGUGGCAGCAUCUCCACUACAGCAGGGAUGGUCCUCAUAGGAAACUGAACGCCUAGAACAAUCUUUAGUUGUGUGUGUGUGUGUGUGUGUGUGUGUGUGUGGAUGAAUGAAGCCAGCAUUGUCUAGAAGCAUGCUCAAUCUCCAGUGCAGAUAAACUGCUCACAACUUGUUCACUUUCAAAACCACUAGUCGGGGUGUGACUUAACUUGUUUUACUGUUAGCACUAUUCGGUACAAACAAAAGAUCAUAUUGUCGUGCGUGUAUGCCACUUGAAACAUUUUAAAAAGGUUUUUUGUACUUAUAGUUCCUGAAGGAAUUUCACAGUGCUAUGAUUUGAAUCCCAGUGCAGAUAAGUUAAAUUUGAAAAUGUUCAUUACUACUGAAAGUUAUGCUGUUGAUGUUUUUGACUUCCAGACUUGGUCAGCACCUUAUUUUUACCACCUUUAUCAGCAGCAUAAAGUCACAGAUUAGUGGCCAAGAUACGCAUCACCAGUGUUAUGACAGCAAAUCUGAGUUAAUGUCAUCCAGUAAGAUAACCAGUUUUCCUUAAUGUCUUAAAUCACAAAUUAUACUAUGCCUUUCUAACUAAGGAAUUUUGGUGAUCUGUUAAAAUGUGUCCAGUUCAACUACUAGAAGGAAUGUGUAUGAGUUGGAUUUGAUUUAUGGAUGAGGAGCUGUUACAGUAGAAUGGAUUUCCCACUCUUGCUAGCAGAAAGUAUAAUUGUACAGCUCUCCCACUGGGUGAUUACAGCUGGAUUUCUUUGUUAUCCACCCUGAGCUUUCGCAGUCAGGAGUCCGUAAUAACCGUGUCAGGAAUAGUGUCUCAAUAAGUCCUCCUGCUGAAAUUAAGUUCAGCUUAAACUCUAAGAUUCCUAAAUGUUUUUCAUGAGGGACAGAUGUGUUAAAAGUGAAUCUGGAAACUAGCACUAUUUAUUUUUUUCCUGGAAAAAAUAUAAAAGGCUUUAUCACAAACCUGUUCCGUUGGGGUCUCUUGGUACAGCUGUAAGAUUUUCACAAAAAUUGGCUUUUGAUUUUUUUUU